UCGGAUAUUCAUUUACCAAAUUAAAUGAGAAAACUUUCAAGAAAAAUAAAGCCAUCGAUCGAUAUUACGUCGUCAAAUUGAAUUCAGAGGUGGCUCAAUCUAAAAUGAAAGUUAAAGAUGUCCAAGAUCAACUGUCAAACUUGUUUAGUUCUACUUUGGAACAAUCUACACAAAAUCUCAAUGACACUGAUUUAAUUCGUGUUAUUAUUCAUUCUGACACUCUAACUACUCCAAUAUUCGUGCCAUUACAAAAAGUCGGAGGAAUGACUUCAGAGGUGAUAAUGGAUCAUAUUAAUCAUGUUUUAACCAGUCAUGAGGGCAUGCCCCUAGAUGGAAGUUUUUAUGUAGACAUUGGUACAAUAGAAGUACCUUCUGGAGGUCGAGGGCGUGCCAUUCAACAUCUUACAGGACCUUAUUGUUCUGGUGCAAGAAAAAGAUCGAUUUUAAAGAUUAACAAUCAGGAUAACACCUGUAUGGCUCUUGCUAUUGCUAUGGCAUUCGUGAAAGCGAAUACAGUUCCAACCCAAGAAUGGCACGGACUCAUCAACGAAGAUGAUGAUGAUUGCACAGAAAAAUUAAUUUGGAAACAUAAGAAAGCCCCAAAUUGGUACUAUUCUAUGCUACGUUUUCGUAAUGAUCACCUGGACCGACAGACAAAGCUUACCCACGAACUCUGCAGGUUGACAGGUACACCAACAAACCGACCGUUAGCUCUAUCAGAUAUCGAUGCUUUUGAACAGUUUUUAAAUGUAGACAUCUUAGUUAUAAGGGCUGUCGGAGGAAACAAAUUUAUUAAGACUCCCCCUGAAGGAAUUCAAAAACAACGUCUUUAUUUACAUUUGGUUGAAGACCCAGAUAAAAAAAAACUUCUCAUUUUGAUGCUAUUGUAAACAUCUGUGGUUUUUUUGGCAAGUCCAAGUUUUGCUCUGAUUGUUUAAUCCCUUACAGAAAUUUACAUCAGUGCGAGUCUGCCUGUUAUGUUUGCAAGAGAAAACAACGGUGUAGAGUA